AUGUUCUCGCAUUUCUCGCAGCAACUGACCCAUCCUCCCGAAGAUGGUGGACUUCUACCCUCGUGGCUCGACGACAAUGCCGCAAGGACACCGUUGCCAGGUCCAGGCCCAAGCACCCUUCCACAGUAUCGCUCGGCGCAGGGAUACUUCCACCACACAGCGGCUCUGGGUGCGCAGGCCCACGCCCCGUUCCUCCAACUUGCUUCGGCAUCCCACGCGUUACCAGCUCUGCAGAUUCCCAUUCCUCCGGCUACGCGAGCGCCAAUGCACCACGGGCGAGUGCCAUACCGCCCAACACCCAUGGAGACAAUGACCAUGCAGGCCAUACCCCAAAGAAGCCAGUUCAGGACGGCCCAGCAGUCAUAUUAUCUGGUGCCGUCGAAAGCCCAACCUUCGCGAAGCACACUCGACACUCCCCAAACGCAAAGCGCAAAGUAUCUUAUGGAGCCCCGUGGUGCAUAUCGGCGUUUCUCAGGGAGCGAUCCUUUUAUCGGCAGCUGCCGAACCCCAUCACCUCAACACCUGCUGCGUUUUGGAGGACAGGUCAUGGGCAUGCAGGCCCAAAGUCUUCAAGGCGGGACGAUAAUCGAUCCAGACAAUCUUUCACGCGUCGACCUGGAGCAGUUCGACUUGUCUGCAUCUGGCAUUGAACACGAUGAAGAUGGAUGCUCUGCAUCGGAUGCAGAUGUCCCAUCUUCGGUGGUGUCGCUUUCGUCGUUGGGAGGCGAUAUCGAUGAGUAUUUACUGGCGGAGGCGCCAGACAUGUUCGACACAUAUCAAGGGGAGGACGUCUACCUUCCGAUGGAAACGGGCUCUCCAAAGAUCUCCGAUCAAAAUGGGUUUGACAAUAUUCUCCGACCAUCCGACUUCUACAACAAGUACGACAAACUGUUUCCUAGUUCGAUGCUUCCGGAGCAGGUUGAUGUUGGACACAUCUCUAGAGACAUUGAUGCUUACGGCGCGAUAGACUCGUUAGGGAGCAAUGCAACAGUGUUUUCCACGGAGGAGCACAGACCAGGUUCUGGGAAUGUAUCAGAUCAAGAUUCCUUCCUGCAACGAUCACCGGACCCGUGCUUCCCCAUUGAUGUCGAUGCCGAGGGAUCCGCGGAACCCCACGAAUUCGCCACUCCAAUCUUGGAUACGUCAACUUCUUUUGGAGAGCCGACAUCCUCCGAAGCUGCUUGCGGAAACGUGAACGUGGAGCAAAGUUGCGGUGCGAAAACUGUGCACUGGGCACCAAACCCGACUUCCAUUGGUGCAAGCCAAGUCGAAUUACAUAGUUCUCGGCUCGUGCAAGGCAGGCCGCGCUCCGAGACACGAUGGCAAGAUGACCAUAGUGAACUCUCGUUAUGCUCGCCGGACUCCAUGAGCAUGGCAGAAAGUACCACUGACGACGACAUUCACAAGUUGCCCUACUUGAGCGCGUUACCUCCUCCAACUAUAGGAACGAGCUCGAAAGCCACCAUUGUCGUGCCUGGCUCGUCCGAAGUUGACCCAGUGGAUGUGACAGGACCACUUGAAGAUCUUCCUCAGGAGAUUCGACGAAUCCUUCCGAAAAACUGGUUCGCUCUCGAAGACACCGUCUCCAAGAUGAAUGAAAGCAUAUCGGCAUCAUCUGCAUUGAAGAUGUGCCAAAACACGAUGAAUGAUCUUCGAAAAAUGCUAGGUGAAUUCAAGGUGGAUACGGACGCACUGGACCAGCAGUUAUUCGAGAUGGUAUUUCAGUCAAAGAGGGAUGAAGCCUACGAUCAACAUGACAGUGCCGACGACAGUGACGAAGAGUAUCAGAGCUCAGACUCUUCCGGUUACUCAUCACACUCUGAGUACGGCAGCUUACGGAAAGCCUCCCGGGCUCGACAACCCGGACCCUUGCAACCAAGGGUCAAGCGCAGGAAGCUUGGAGAGGAUCCAGUCCUGCCAACCCCGAUCAAAACACCAACCGUACAAAAGCGCAGAAACUCUUCUGGUGCUCUCCUCGAGGGUACGCAGCAGGGCUCUCCGCUCACACGCGUCCGGUUAAGCAUGCCCGCUACACCCAUCACCCCUUCAUCACCAUUGACAAAAGGUUUGGCACCACCGCGCUCCCCCGGGGAUUCCUCACACUACUUCACAUCAGACGAGGGCGAAAACGACGACGACCCUCUGCGCACUAUCGCUUCUUCAAGCCCCAAAGGUUUACAGGUGAGACUUCCACGAGCACUCCGCGGCACGGGAUACGAGGAUCAAGUCAGGAGCGAGCUCAUAGCGUCCCAAUCUGCGGAGCAGAGGGCGACUUUGGACUCGGUGGCAUCGUCAUCGCGAACCUCGGGAAAAGCUGCAAUCAAGUCCGGUUCCGCCCGGCAGACAUCCGCCUCGAAGCGACGGUCAAUGAAGGCUAGGAAACGAUAG